ACCACCGCUGCGAGUGUCGUUGUUUCGACACUGUUGCGGCCUUCUCAUGGGGAUCCAUAUAGCUCGGAGGCAUAAUCCAAUGCUUCGAGUCCAUUAAGUCGAGUCUCGCCUUCGCACCUGCCUGCUCGGUCUCCGCGUACGGAAAGUUCCUGCAAAAGUACCUCGACCUCACUUUUGUACCACCCCUCUUCAACCACCCAAUAUGCCUCUCCACCUCCUCGCAAAGAAGUCAUGGAACGUCUACAACCCCGCCAACGUCGCCCGCGUGCGCGCCGACGAGGCCGCCGCCGCCGCACGCGAAGAGGCAGAGGAGCAGCGCAUGCAAGAAGCUGAUGCGGAACGCCGUAUAGCCAUACUACGCGGUGUGACACCCCCUCCACUCCUCCCAGCCCCAGCAGACAAUCUCCAAACCGGACACAAGAGAGAUCGCAGUGACAAAGCGGAGAAGAGAGAUACGGAUGGCUCGGGUCAUGACAGAAAGCGACGCCGCCUCCGUGGCGAAGACGAUACCGAUCGUGAUAUUCGCCUCGCUCAGGUCACGACUACGCCUCGUGCUAAAAAUAACCAGGACCUAGAAGCUAAAGGCUGGAAGCCAAAGGUGGCUGUUGAUGCGCCGGUUGUCGAUCACCGAGGGCAUAUCAGUCUCUUUCCGGUGGAUGAGAAGGCAGAGAUGCAGAGGCUGCGGAAGGGUGAGCGGAACGAUAAGGCGGAGCGGGAGAAGAGGAAAAAGGAGAACGAGCAUGAGCUGCAAAACGGUAUGCCGUUAGGAGGAGUGAAAGCACCAGAAAAACCGUGGUACUCAGCGGCAAAGGUAUUGUAUGAUGGGGCUCGGGGGGACGACAUGCUGAUGAACAUGCCCACAAAGGAUAUGUGGGGCAAGGAAGACCCAAGGCGGGAAGAACGGGAAAAGAAGAGACUCGUCACGAAUGAUCCGUUCGCCGUCAUGCAGAAGGCGCAGGCUCAACUCAAGCAAGCGGAGAGGGACAGGAGGGCCUGGACAGCGAAGAGAGAGCAGGAAAUCACGGAGCUAAGGGCAAUGGGCGAGCGGGAGAGGAGGCGGGAGAAGCAUGGCAAGAGCAAAAAAGGGCAUCACGAUCAAGCUAAAUUGGAAAGCUUCUCGUUGGACAAGUCACCCAAGCAUGAAAGUUGGCGUAGAGAUGAGGAGAGGAGUUCAAAGCAUCAGCAGCAUAGAAGUAGGAGCAGAGAGGACAGCCAUAAGCGAAGGUCCUCUCAUCGCAGCGAGCGCAGGCGAAGCCGAAGUCCAGUCCGAGAUCGAAGCCCGGAGUCUAGCAAGCUUCGCGGACAUCAUCAUGGCUCAAGAAAGCAUAGAGACGAGCGGAAGUCAGGUGACAAAUACGGUCGUGUGCAGCACUAGGAUAUCAGUCUGUUCACUCCCGUUCGCUAGUUAGGGGUGUUUCAAUAGAUACCUAAUUCUCUAGACAUAAUGUCAAUAAUAUUAAGGUAAGAUUCGGCGCGAGUUUAGAUGAAUGUGAUGAUCGGAUGCCUAAUAAGAGGCACAACCUUAAGACACCCAGGUAGCUUUGGGAAAGUGUUGACGGACUAUAUACAUAAUGGUCUAAUACUAGAAUGGAUGGUGAGACAAAAAUCACUAUAUCUAUCUAGGUAGGCCUUUGAAUGUAGUGUAACAUUUGCGACAAUCUGCGGUUCGACGGUAAAAAGCAAACAUCAUGC